AUGCCUUCAGCAACAACACACCCGGAGUUUGGCCCUCACACAACGGCCCUGGCUGUAGCCGCUGCUUUUCCAUCAGUCAUCUCAGGCAAAACUAUUCUUAUCACAGGCGUUAACCUUAAGGGCCUCGGCUACGCUACCGCCGAAGCUUUUGCAUCUCAAAACGCCGAACUCAUCAUCCUAGCCGGUCGAACCCCCGCCAAGCUGCAGGAGUGUGCUGAUGCUCUAGCCAAAGAAUAUCCCAACACCAAGACCCGCGUGCUUGAGCUCGAUCUAAACUCGCAAAAGGGUGCCAGAGCGGCCGCUUCAACGCUAAAUGGAUGGACUGACGUACCCGCCAUUGACAUCCUGGUCAACAAUGCGGGCAUCAUGAACGUGCCCACACGCCAGCUCAACGAGGACGGCAUAGAGCGGCAUUUCGCGACAAACCACGUUGGCCACUUUCUCUUUACGAGCUUGAUUAUUCCAAAGUUGAUUGCGGCCGCUCAGAAGCCCGGUGCCGUAAAGGGGGCCACUCGCGUCGUCAACGUCUCUUCCUUUGGCGCCAACUAUAGCCCUAUUCGCUUUAGCGACAUCAACUGGGAAAAAGCCAAUGGGACAUUGCCACUAGCUGAGCAACCUGACUACGCUCUCAAGGCUGACAGCUAUAACUCAAUGGGCGCUUAUGGGCAGUCCAAGACGGCAAACGUUCUGCUUAGCCUGGGUCUGAACGAGCGCCUGUAUGAAAAGUAUGGUAUACUGAGCUUCGCUGUACACCCUGGAUCAAUCGUCACGGAACUCGGCCGAGAGGUUCCCGCAGAGGACUACAAGGCGAGAAUUGAGUCCUUUAAAAAGAAGGGCAUGGUCUUCAAGAAGCUAGGCGAGGGCGCCAGCACAACCUUGGUAGCUGCUACCGGCCCUGAGAUUAAAGGCGAAGAUGGAGAAUGGGAAGGCAGGGGUGUGUAUUUGAGCGACUGCCAGAUUCAUGAGAGUACCAAAGUGUGGUACACCAGUUGGAGCGAGGGAGAGAAGCUGUGGGCUAAGAGUGAGGAGCUUGUGGGAGAAAAGUUCGCGUUCUAA